GGCCCUCUGCCCCCAGCUCCUCUCUAUAGAGAUGCUAAUUGUUUGCCUCGUCCACGACUGAUCCCCUCAUCUUAAUUCCAGGAUCUGAUCGGAUUGAAUCCCCCCAAAUCUUGCUUCGCCCUCUUCCCUGCGGCCCCCUCCCCCUCUCAUCCUCUCCUCAGUAUAAACCCUCACACAUCCCAUUUCCUUCCUCCCUUUGUCUUUUCCAUCCCUGAUUUUUUUGUCCUCAGCUGUGGGGGAGGGAUAAUAUGAAAUGAAGGAACAGCAAUAAGAGAGGCUGGGAGGACACACACCGGGGGCUCCAGCAUCACCACAGCCCAGGAGACCCUCUGCAUUGAUGGGACUGUGAGACCCCCAACCACCCCCUCCCAUUCUGCUCUUAGGAUUUCUCAGUCUUAGUCUUCAGUCACUGCCUCUAGGGCCACAAUGGCUGGAGGGUCUCUCCACCAGAACGAUCCCUAUCCCCCUGCCCAGCAGCACCAAACCCCACAGAUGGAGACGGAGGCUUCGGACUCAAGGAAGAGACCCCUGGAGACCCCGACUGAGGCUUCCAGCACCAAGAGGUCCAACACAGCAGACGACAGCGAACUCUUCCUGAAGGUGCUGAUACCGAGUUAUGCUGCUGGAUCAAUUAUCGGAAAAGGAGGUCAAACGAUUGUCCAGCUCCAGCGUGAGACGGGGGCCACCAUCAAACUGUCCAAGUCUAAAGACUUCUACCCAGGAACAACGGAGCGCGUGUGUCUGGUGCAGGGGACGGCAGAGGCGCUGCUGUCUGUACAGGACUUCAUAGCCGAUAAGGUGCGGGAGGUGCCACAAGGAGCAAACAAGACUGACCUGGGGGUACUCAUCCCCACCCAAAACAACGUCAGUGCCGAGCGGGCCAAGCAGGCCAAACUGAUCGUCCCCAACACAACAGCGGGUCUGAUCAUUGGCAAGGGCGGAUCCACUGUACGCAGCAUCAUGGAAGAGUCAGGGGCAUGGGUCCAGCUCUCCCAGAAACCUGCAGGACCAAAUCUCCAGGAGCGGGUAGUGACAGUGAGUGGGGAGCCAAGUCAAGUUCAGUGCGCCAUAAGAAGCAUCAUACACAAAGCACGAGAGGACCCCCCUCAGGGCACAGCCUAUCUCAACAUCAGCUACAUCAACUCCCAGGGUCCUGUGGCCAACUCCAACCCUACAGGAUCCCCCUAUGCCGGAGGGUCAGCAGAACAAGCCCUUGCCCCUUUUCCUACAGCAGCGCCAGCAACUCCAGCCAUCUCUGGUGGAGACCUCUUGGCCAUCUCUACUGCCCUAAAUACACUGGCCAGUUAUGGUUACAGUACAGGCUUAGGCUAUAACCCCCUGGUAGGUGGUGUCCAUCCAGCGGCGGUCAGUCUUCUUGCAUCCUACGCAGGGGAAGCUAGUCCGGCUCUUGGGCUUGGCGGUGGAGGAAUUCUCAUGGACAAGUUAGCUGCAGAAAGUGUUGCCCCUAAAGAAACACUAGAGAUGGCUGUGCCAGAGACAUUGGUGGGCGCCAUACUGGGCAAAGGUGGAAAGACACUGGUGGAAUAUCAAGAGCUGACGGGAGCUCGAAUCCAGAUCUCAAAGAAAGGGGAGUUUGUCCCUGGAACAAGGAGCAGGAAAGUGACCAUCACUGGACCACCGGGGGCGACACAAGCUGCACAGUACCUGAUCGGCCAAAGGGUGGCCUAUGAGCAAAACGUUCGGUCAAGCAACCCGCAAAAAGUUGGUUAAAAUGCUUUCGAAUAUGGUGGGGAGAGAGGUCGAUGAGUUUGGGGGGGAGGGGGGGAGGGUAAUAGGGUCAUAGAGACAAGCAGAUGUCUUUUAUUCAUGUGGGUUCAAUAUGGACGGACUUGCACCUUCGGGAUAUUGAUAAGGACUUGACAACAUUGCCAUAAUGUCAGGAAACAUAAGCUCAUGGGUUCUGUUACUUGAAGGCUCCAUACUUCACGGCUAUAAGGUGACGUUUCAGAAAGAAUAAAAUUUAAAAAAAACAAAUACAAAAAAAAACCCUAAAAAUGUGAAGGCUCAAAUUUUAAACAGGAACAAAAGCAAUAACAGCAGAUAUUGCACUGCGGAAAGAAAAAAAAAGAUGAGUCCACUCAUGACCCCCCCACCCCUGGACCUGACCUCUGGAUGACGCAGAAGCAAGACACACCAUACGGCAGAUAACAUGGCGGACGCUGGACUACGUGAUCAUAUCACAUGACCCUGUGACGGGGACCGGACACUCACAGGUGGCUAUCCCCUGUGUCCAACAUCUCAUACGUGCCAAAAACCUACCUAGAACUAGUGCCAAAACCACUGUCCAACCCUCGCCGGGCGCCCCGCACAACUCCAGACCCAGUAGUUAGAAACCCUCCCGGGGCAACGAUAGAGACUGGACGACGUUAUCCCUCUCGGCUGCUUCUGUGGUAACAUUAAAAAGAAAAAAAAAAGGCCAAAAUUGCUCUUUUUACAGCAGGUGUAGAUUUUUUUUCUGGAUGUGUAAAAAAAUAAAAAUAAAAAAAAGGGGCGGACAAAAUCCUCUGUAAGUGUUAGAAAUAUUUCCUAAUAUUUGCUGCAUAAACUAUAAAAGAUGAAUUCUA